CCGGCGACCCUUCUCCGCGAACUUCAGGCGCCGAGCGCAGGAGUCAGAGAUGGCGCUACCCACGUUGCCCUCUUAUUGGUCCAGCCGGAGAUCCAUGGAUCUUCGCCAGCGCCAGCAUCAGCAGGAGGACCAGUUUCGCCAGCAGUGGGAACAGAACAGCCGCUAUUUCAGGACCUGGGACAUCCACAACUCCAAACAGACCGAAUGGAGCUCCAAGACCUCCUACCAGCGGAGCAUGCACGCCUACAACUGCGAGAAGAUGAAGGAGGAGAAGAGGAAGAAUCUGGAGGUGCGGCGGGAGAGACUCAGGGAGCUUAUGCUGGAGGAGCAGGACUUGCUGGCCGCCGAGCUGGAGGAGCUGCGGCUGAGCAUGAGCCUGCGGGAACGAAGACUCCGGGAGCAGCACAGGGACCUGAAGUCGGCCCGAGAAGAACAAAGGAAACUGAUUGCUGAACAGCUUCUGUAUGAACACUGGAGGAAGAACAACCCCAAACUGCGAGAGCUUGAGUUGGACCUUCACAAGAAGCACGUGAUAAACUCUUGGGCAACACAGAAAGAAGAAAAGAAACAGCAAGAAGCCACUGAGAAGCAGGAGAACAAGAGGGUUGAGAACGAGUAUGCCGCAGCCCGCAGGGAAGCCGAGGCGAGGAUGAAAGCCGAGGAGGAGAGGAGGCAGCUAGAGGGGCGCCUGCAGGCCGAGGCGCUGUGCCAGCAGAUGGAGGAGCUGAAGCAGAAGGAGAUGGAGGCAACCAAACUGAAGAAGGAGCAGGAGAACCUGUUGAAGCAGCGCUGGGAGCUGGAAAGGCUGGAGGAAGAGAGGAGGCAGAUGGCAGCCCUCCGGCGCAAGACCGAGCUAGGGAGCUUCUUGAGACGGCAGUACAACGCGCAGCUCAACAGACGCACCCAGGAGAUCCAGGAGGAGCUGGAGGCUGAUGGGCGGAUCCUGCAGGCACUCCUGGAGAAGGAAGAUGAGCUGCAGCGGGUGGAACUGGUCAGGCGGGAGCGAGCCCAGGCCGAUGCAGCCUGGAUGAAGCAGGUCAUCGAGGAGCAGCUGCAGCUGGAGAAAGCUCGGGAGGCGGAGCUGCAGCAGCUGCUGAGGGAGGAGGCCAAGGAGAUGUGGGAGAGGAGAGAGGCAGAGUGGGCUCGAGAGCAGACGGCGCGGGACAGACUGAUGAGUGAGGUUCUGACCGGGAGGCAGAAGCAGAUCCAAGAGAAGAUUGAACAGAACCGGCGAGCGCAAGAGGAGACCCUGAAACACAGGGAGAAACUCCUCAGGAGUCUCGAGGAGGGGAAGCAGUUAGCUCAGCGAGCAAAGGAAGAGAGUGAAGCGCUCAAGUCUGCCAGGAAGCAGGAGCUAGAAGCCCAGGUUGCGGAGCGCCAGGUCCAGGAAUGGGAAGCGGCCCGGCAGGAGGAGGAGGAGGAGGAGGAGGCCAAGCAGGCAGAAGAGCUCUCCGAUGCUCUGCUGCAGCAGGAGGCGAAGACCAUGGCGGAGGAGGGCUACCGGCCCAAGCCUCACGGACACCACAGAAUUGCCUGGGACUGACGCUGAGCACAGAGAAGCAAGCCGACUUGAUACUGCUCCAGACAGUUAUACAGCGUUGGUUCUGGCCAGGGCUCAGGGUGCUGCUGGCUACUUAAGCCAGGCCUGUCAGGCACAUCAUGGUCCAUAGACGCCAGGAUGCCGUGCUCACCCAGACAGGCCCUGCAGACUCGUGUACAGUGCCGCCAGAGGUCGUGCAGUGCUUUAUAAGUAGAUAUUAGAGUUACUCUAAGAAGUCAUAGUCCAUGACAGGAUACGUAGGUCUCUCUCUCUCGUCUCACCUGUAGCUGUCAGUUCAGAGAGGACCAGCCAGAGGGAAGCGGGAGCUGUUUAGGUUUUAAAAUUGCUGUUUAGACAUCAUUCUAUUGAAGGCUCAUAGGUCUUGGUGGAGUUAUUUCCCGUUAUGAGCUGUGUAGUCCCCCAGGGACCACUUGUGUAUCGUGGAAAAGCUGUCAGUCUAGAAAGACAGUGACAAAGGAGCCCUUGUGUGGAAGUGUUGUGAGCCACCCCUAGGGGCUGGGGUGCUUAGUGUGGGGUACUUAACCUUUAACCUGUGUGGGCCUUGCCCCAGCUCUACGCCAUCAAGAAGAAAAGAAUCCUGUACAGCACUUGAGCCCAACACGUCCCACCCCUGAAGAGUCCUCAAGGUCACUUGGUUGGUUAACCUGGUAAAGGCAGGGCCUCCACUAGGGACCUCCUGAGUCUGGGCAAGGCCUGUGUGCAGCCCCCAUGGGAAUUAAGUGCCCAGAGGAACAAAUGGCCCUGGAGAAAUGGCAGGAGACUCAGAAUCGCAGAUGAGCACGUCCCCACUGUUAGAUCCCAGCUCACCUCUGCAAGCCGCCGUGGGUCCUUGUAGUGACAGUUGCAUCGUUACAACUUGUAUCUUUGUAUUCAAGAUUCUGCACCUCUGGCUGACUGUAGGGUGUUUUCCCUGGUUAUGGGAACCCAGAAUCACUUAGAGAGCCGGGGUUUGAAGGCUGCGACACUUUCCUUCCACCACGGACCCGGUUCUUAGUCUGUUUCACUUCCCGCCACGGUUCUCGGCUGUGGCCAUGCACUGUUUAACAGCACACACUUGCGAGUAUUCGCUCUUUUCAUAUGCUCACUAAUCGUGAAGUAAAGCUUGCCUCAGGUGUCA